ACUCGUACGAGUAAGAUGGGCAGUAAUUGAUCUGGGUAGCAUCAACCUUUUGCUAUAAAUACCCAUCCAUCCUAAGUUUGUAACAUACCAUAAACAACAACAGCCAUGGCCAUACAUACAUCUCUCUCCCUUGCUUUUCUCCUCUUUUUGCUACCCUUUCUUUCUUCCCAUGCAACAACAUCAUUUGCAACAGCAUCACCGUCAGUACCACUCCCAGAAGUAGAGGCUCUCCUGAAAUGGAAAGCCAGCCUCUUGCCAUCACAAUCUCUCCUUUCAUGGUCGCUUCCUGCUGCUAAUGCUACCACCAACACAAUCUCUCCUUGUAAAUGGACUGGGAUCUCAUGCAACACCCUUGGAAGUGUAAGAGAGAUAAGCCUACCGAGUGCGGGCUUGCAAGGUAAGCUUGAUAACUUGAGCUUCCUCUCAUUUCCAAACCUUCGCCAUCUUGAUCUCAGUGACAACAUACUCACCGGAACCAUCCCAGCUCAUAUUGGUACUCUUUACAAACUCACGUCCCUCGAUCUAUCCGUAAAUACACUAAGUGGAUCAAUACCUGUAGAAAUAGGGAAUAUUUUGAAUUUGAAUAAGCUAGACUUGUCCGUUAACCAUCUAGAUGGUUCCAUCCCUUCCACUUUAGGGAACUUGUCCAUGCUCACAAUUUUGUCUUUAUACGAAAAUCAGAUUUCUGGCAGAAUUCCUGCAGAAUUAGGGAAUCUCAAUAAUUUGGUUAAGACAUCUUUGCGCAGUAACAAUUUAAGUGGUCCGAUCCCUCCCGCUUUAGGUAAUUUAACAAACCUUAAACUAUUGUUCAUGUACAACAAUCAAAUUUCUGGUUCAAUUCCUCCACAAUUUGGGAAUUUAAUGAAACUCGAAAAUCUUGAUCUGUCCAAUAACAGUCUAACAGGUUCUAUCCCUUCCACUUUAGGGAACUUGACAAAGCUGACAGUUCUCUACCUCUUUCAAAAUCAAAUUUCAGGUUCUAUUCCUCAAGAACUUGGGAAUUUAAUAAGUCUCAAUAAGCUACCAUUGUACGAAAACAAUCUGAUUGGUCCGAUCCCUCCUGCUUUGGGUAAUUUGUCCAUGCUCACAAUUUUGUAUUUAUUCAACAAUCAGAUUUUAGGCACAAUUCCUGCAGAAUUAGGGAAUCUCGAGAAUUUGGUUGAGCUGUUGUUAUACCAUAACAAUCUGACUGGUCCAAUCCCUCCCACUUUAGGUAAUUUGAGCAACCUUACAAGGUUGUAUCUCUACCACAAUCAAAUUUCUGGUACAAUUCCACCUGAAAUAGGAAAUCUGAUUAAUCUCAAGAAGCUUGCUUUGUACAGUAACCCUCUAAUAGGUUCUAUCCCUCCUACUUUUGGAAAGUUGACCAAGCUUACAUUUUUGUCCCUUAUUUACUGUCAAUUAUCUGGUUCGUUGCCUCAAGAAAUGACAAACAUGACAAAUCUUUCUCAACUCUACUUGGGUGACAACAACUUCUCCGGAUACUUGCCUCAGUUAUGCCACAGUGGAUCUCUUGAAAGAUUCACUGUGCCAAACAACCAUUUCAUUGGUGAGAUCCCGAGGAGCUUCAGAAACUGCUCCAGCUUAACAAGAGUUCUACUCAAUGGAAACCAACUCACUGCAAAUGUAUCGGAAGCCUUUGGUGUAUACCCACAUCUCAUAUACAUGGACGUCAGCCACAACAUGCUGUUUGGUGAACUCUCACCAAACUGGGGAGAAUGCCAAAACCUGACAAAGCUCCAAUUCUCCAGGAACAAUAUCACUGGUAGAAUUCCUCCCGAGAUCGGGCAGUUGAGGCAGCUAAGAGUGCUUGAUCUGUCUUCGAACCAUCUAGUAGGAGAGAUUCCAAAGGAACUUGGGAGGCUGACUUCUUUGUUCAACUUGACUUUGCAGGAUAACCAGCUUUCUGGUCAGGUACCCCAACAGAUUGGAAACCUAUCCAGUUUGGAGUAUCUUGACUUGUCAAUGAAUCACCUAGGUGGUCCAAUACCACCUCAAUUAGGGGAUUGCUCCAAACUCCAGUAUCUGAAAUUGAGCGAAAAUGUUUUGAAUGGAAGCAUUCCUUUUCAAAUCGGUAACCUAGUAUACUUACAGGACUUACUAGAUCUAAGUCAAAACUCCCUUAACGGAGAGAUCUCACCACAACUCGGGAAAUUGAUUAAGCUUGAAAAGUUAAACUUCUCGCACAACAUGUUGUCUGGCUCCAUUCCGCCUUCUUUUAAGAUGAUGUUCAGCUUGCAAUCCAUUGAUUUUUCAUACAAUGCUUUGGAAGGUCCUCUUCCCAACAGCAAAAGCUUUCAAAAGGCUCCUGCAGAGGCAUUCAUAAAUAAUAAAGGCUUAUGUGGUGAAGUGCAAGGUUUGAGACUUUGCAAUACCUCUUCAAUCAGUUAUAACGAUACGAAGAAUGUCCAUAAAGUUUUGGUCCUCAUUAUUUUUCCUCUCUUGGUAGCGUUGUUUCUUUUAUUUGUAAUCCUUGGCAUUUCUUCCAUUUAUUACCAAAGAAGAAGAAAUAUAGAGAAAGGAGUUCUUGAGAGGACCGUCAGAAAUCCAUUUUCAAUAUGGAAUUAUGAUGGAAUUGCUGUGUUCGAAGACAUCGUGGAGGCAACAGAGGGUUUUGAUGAUAAAUACUGCAUUGGAAUUGGAGGUUAUGGAAAAGUUUACAAAGCAAAUCUACCAGUAGGUGAGGUAGUAGCUGUGAAGAAACUUCACCCACUUGAAGGAGGGGAUCGAUCUAAUCAAAGAAGUUUUAUAAAUGAGAUAGAAGCAUUAACCGAAAUCCGCCAUCGCAACAUAGUGAAGCUUUAUGGUUUUUGCUCCCAUGCUCGAUGCUCGUUUCUCGUCUAUGAGUACAUGGAAAGGGGAAGCUUGGCAACCAUCCUAAAAAACAAUGAAGGAGCUGUGCAGUUGGAUUGGACUCUAAGGGUGAAGAUUAUUAAAGGUGUGGCCCAUGCUUUAUCUUACAUGCACCAUGAUUGCACCACGCCGAUUGUCCAUCGAGACUUAUCAAGCAACAACGUUCUGUUGAAUUCAGAACUUGAGGCUAUUGUCUCUGAUUUUGGUACUGCACGAUUGCUAAAACCUGAUUCAUCCAAUUGGACUACACUUGCAGGGACUUAUGGAUACAUCGCUCCAGAGCUUGCAUAUACAAUGAGGGUGACUGAGAAAUGCGACGUCUAUAGCUUUGGUGUUGUGGCACUUGAAGUGAUGAUGGGAAGGCAUCCUGGGGAGCUCAUCUCCUCUUUGUCAUCACCGAAUAGAGGAGAUAUAUUGCUAAAGGAUAUGUUGGACAAACGGCUCUCCGAUCCGAUGGCAGAGGUUGUACAGGAAGUCAUAUUUGCAGUGUCCUUGGCCCUUGCAUGCAUUCGGCCGGAUCCAAACUCUCGGCCAACCAUGCAUCACGUGGCUCAGGAGCUAUCUGUUGGUGGUCCUUCUUUCUCUCUAGAGCCAUUCCAUGCACUUACAUUUCGUCAACUGAUGGAUCUCAACGUAUAAUUGGGUGUAUGAAAAUUAGUGGUGCUGUGGGCAUGUAGUGGCAAGAACAUUAUUGUUGUGUGUCUAUUGUAUGAAAAUUAAUCAAUCACAGAGGUAUUUUUGUUGUUAUGAUAUGUACAUAGUUUAGCAUGCAGAAUCGAUGUUUAUAUAGAAUGUAUAUUUCUAGGAUUGGUGAUAAAAAUCCAAAUGUAAUAAAAGUAGGGUGAAAGAAUAUAGAUGUUUUCUUGUUUGAUGGUUA